AUGCCCGCAACUGCAAGCUUUUCCCUGCACGGAUAUCAAUACUGUCCUCACCCGGCCCUAAUUGCAGACCGGGCUUCACCUCCCAACGGUAUGGAGUCCGAGGACAACGUGGCCCAAUGGCACACCGUCUUGUCGGGCAGUUCGUUGAUGACGUUCCCAAGGCCCAAAGGCCCUGCAGCUAAUUCUGGCCUCCAUCCACCGAAAGGAGGGACCCCGUCGAACCCUUAUACGCUGCCUCACCAUGACCAUCCAAUUGUAAUCCUUUCGUCGUCCGAGGAACCAGCAUAUGCUCCUUUCCUCUUCCGUCCUCUAAUACAGGCCUACCCAGCCAAGUAUUUCGUUUUCCUCUACAUCAAUUUCUCACUUCCAUUGAGUGACCCCAUACUACCCUUGCAUCCGGCCUAA